AUUAUUUCUUGGAAACACUUACAUAUCGCCUAAUGUGUCGCCUAAUAACUGUCAACUGACCCAAUCUCCCCGCCCCUCCAGCGGUAGGUGCCGGCUCUCAAACUUAAGUGGACAGUGCGAGGACUGGGGGGGGAUUAAGAGUUUUUCCUUUCCUUUUUCGGAGGGGGUACAUAUAGUGGUCUCCACUCCUUUCUGCUUCAUAACAACUUGUCGAGAAGUUAACAUUUUAACUGCUGUGUAACGAGCUGUUUAUGCCGGAAGUGGUUCAACGCGCAACCAGGAGUCACGUGUUCUUUAAAAUGUUCAAGAACGUUUACGCCACACUUUAGCCACGGAGCUCUUCUGUAAUGGAGGCGUCCUCGUCCUCUACUGUCACUUCAGACGGCCUGGAGGGGUCGGCAUGUGAGGAUUCGCCUUCCAGUGACCAUCUCCUGACCCUGAAGGCCUUGACGGAGAGGCUGAGACUAGAGACCAGGAGACCUUCCUACCUGGAAUGGAAAGCCAGGGUGGAGGCGAAACACUUCACAGGGUCCGGGGGCGGAAACGUCGAAGCGGAAUCGGCCGACAAACGAGGGGACUCGAACGUGAUUCGCUGCAAGUUGAGGUCAGGUGUCCUGAAGGCAUUUGAGAACAUCGACGAGGCUCUGAGUUGGCUCAGGAGAGAACUGGCCGAGAUGCGCCUGCAGGACCAGCAGCUGGCGAGGCAGCUCAUUCGCCUGCGUGGCGACAUCAGCAAGAUGAAGGUCGAGCAGGCGUGCCAUCUGCAUCGCCGCAUGCUCAACGACGCCACCUAUGGUCUGGAGGAGCGCGACGAGUUGGCCGACCUGCUGUGCGAGUGCCCCGUCACGCCGGGCCUCGGCUUAUCAGCACCGCUGCGACUCAUUGGCGUCACUAAGAUGAACAUUAACUCUCGACGUUUCUCGCUAUGUUAGUAGUCGUAGAAGGCUAACCUGAUGUUCUGUUACUAACCCGAUAUAGUAAAGUGAAUGCUUGAUAAACCUUUUUGCCCACCGGUGGGCAGAAUAUAGCUAUAUAUGCGUAUAAAACGUUAAAAAUGUAUUAUUUAUUCUUAUCAAGGGCAACAAAUAUUGUGUCCUCACACUGUCGUUGCCAGUUUGAGCCUAUCCACAUGCUUCUCGGAUGAAAAGCAGACUCUAUGCAGUGAUUGUGAUUACGAUCACAAAUCUCAUAUGUAAUAAAAACAGUCACCUGCGUUGCUAACAUUGCA